AUGCAUCCCAGGCUUCAAAUCCUGAGGCCUCUCUGCUCUUUGGCUUGCGUACCCGGAAGACCCACAUCGGAAAAAUUGCAUCUUGCGGUGGUUUCAGACCUUUUAGCAAAGCAGAGGUGGUCAGAGGUCAGAACCCAUCUCAAAGAUUUGAACUUUGGCUCAGUUCUUCAUCAGGUUUGGGAUUCUGGAGCAGACCCAGUACUUAUUCUCAGGUACUUAAAUAGUUCUCACAAGGAUUUCAAUGAUGAGUAUGAUCUAGGACUCACUUUUGGGCUCUUAGGUUCAUUAGCAGAAGCCAAAAGGUACUCAAAGAUUCGAGCUUUUUUACAUGAGUUUGUUAGAAGCAAUGAGAACCUUUCAAAUUCUGCUAUUUUUAGAUCGCUUUCAUUGGGUAGGAGCCAUUUUGGUGCCAAUUCGGUUGUUGUUAACUUGUUGGUAUUGGCAUAUGCGAAGAAUUUGAAGACCCAGUUGGGUGUUGAAGCGUUUAGGAAAGCUGGUGAGUAUGGGUUUAGGAUGACCGUGUUUGCUUGUAACCCUUUGUUGAGGGCUUUGGUGAAGGAAGGUGAGGUUGGGAGUGUUGAAUAUGUUUACAGGGAGAUGAUUAGGAGGAGAAUUAAGCCGAAUUUGUAUACUUUUAAUAUGGUGAUCAGGGGGUUGUGUAAAGUUGGGAAGUUGGAGGAGGCGAAGGAUGUUGUUGUUAAUGAUAUGAAGGCUUGGGGGAUAUUGCCGAAUGUGGUUAGUUAUAAUACUUUGAUUGAUGGGUAUUGCAAAUUUGGUGGGUUGGGGAGGAUGUACAAAGCCGAUGCGAUUUUGAAGGAGAUGAAGGAAAAUAGUAUUCAGCCGAAUAAGUGUACUUACAAUAUUUUGAUUAGUGGUUUUGGUAAAGAUGAGAAUAUACCAGCUGCAAUCAAAGUUUUUGAGGCGAUAGUGAAGCAGGAGUUGAAACCCGAUGUGUUUACAUGUUGUUCGCUGAUUAAUGGGUUGUGCUGCAUUGGGGAGCUUGACAAGGCUUGUGAUUUGCUGGAGGAAAUGUGUGGCUUGGGUUUGAAGCCAAAUGUUAUUAUCUAUAAUGCUCUUAUUAAUGGGUUUUGUAAGAAGAAGAUGAUGAAGAGAGCUAGGGAGUUGUUUGAUGACAUUGGUAGACAAGGCUUGGAGCCGAGUGUUAUAACGUACAAUACAUUAAUUGAUGCUUACUCUAAGGAUGGGAUGAUUGAGGAAGCAUUUGAGUUUUAUAAUUCAAUGUUAGAGAGAGGAGUUUCUCCAACCACUUCGACCUUCAACUGCCGGAUUUCUGGUUUGUGUCGACAAGGGAAAAUGGAGAUGGCAUUGAAGCUUUUACAUGAAAUGGAGGGUAAUGGAUUGAGAGCUGAUCGCAUAACAUAUAACAUAUUUAUAGAUGGAUACUGUAAAGAAGGGGAUUCAAGAAAAGCACAGGAACUCUUCAAUGAGAUGAUCAAGAAGCGUUUGAGUCCAAAUCACUUGACAUACAAUUUUUUGAUGGAUGGCUACUGCAAAGAAGGAAACCUCAGUGCAGCUUUGAAUCUGAGGGCACGGAUGGAGAAGGGAGGGAAGCGACCAAAUGUUGCAACAUAUAAUUUGUUGAUCAAGGGAUAUGCAAAGAAGGAUAAACUUGAAGAUGCAAAUGGGCUUCUUAAUGAGAUGUUAGAGAAGGGUUUGGUCCCAAACCAAACUACUUAUGAGAUAGUAAAAGAGGAAAUGAUGAAGAAAGGUUUUGUUCCUCAUGUAGAUUGGUACCUGUAUGAUAUCUCUAGCUCUUAG